AUCCUUGGUGGUGGAUUGAGGGCUGAUGAGAUACAGGAACUCUGGGCAGAGUAUGAGAACAAUUCUUCUAUGGAAGCUAGUCUUGUGAAGGAUUUUGACAAAGUGGAAAUGAUUCUUCAGGCUUUGGAAUAUGAAACAGGAUCAUGGCACCAAAGGAACAGUCACACGAUGAUGCAUGGGUUCAUGCCCGAAAGCUAGAUGGAAACCGUCAUCAUUGGCAAUGUAUUUAUUGUGACUACAUUGGUAAAGGUGGAGGAAUAACUCGAGUAAAAAUGCAUUUGGCUGGUGGGUAUCCUGACGUUGCAAAAUGCAAGAAGGUUCCAACGGAGAUCCGUAAAUUAUUUCAAAGCAAGAUGAAACAAGCAAAGGAAGAUGCAUUAAAAAAGAAGGCAAGAGUUGAGGAAGAAUAUCAUAGGGCUACACAGGAACCAGUUUAUGAUCAGUAUGAGGGUUGCGGCGAUGAAGUCGACCCGGAUCUCACAGCUGGGAUUCGUGCAUCAUUGGAGCAUCAGCAUACGGUCGAUGAAGCAAUGAGGCAUCGACGACCUGACUCACAAUUAGAGCAUGGUAGUGGUAGUGGAAUCCAGAGGUCAACCAGCAUGAGGCAACCAACUGCUCCUUCUCAGUUAGGCCGAACUAGUAGCAUGAGGUAUGGUGGACUCCGUGGUUUUAUGAGAGGUCUUGGCAGGAGGUCCGCACCAGAUAUUGUUGAUAUUGAUCCGCAAGCCUAUCCCCCACAAACAGCGAAACAGACACGGAUUGACGAUGCAUAUACAAAAGAAAAAAAACGGGAUAUUGGGAAGGCAAUCUCAAAAUGGUUCAACUUUCAUAGGAUUCCAGCCAACACAGCCCAAGGUCCAUAUUAUCAGAGCAUGAUCUCCUCUAUUCAAAAGUCUAGCACGGGGAUCCAACCUCCAACACCGAAGGAGAUUCACGGCGUGUACUUAGAUGAGGAGGUGGCAGAACUAAAGGAUUGGAUCAAAUCCUUCAAGAGGCAAUGGGAUGAAUAUGGGGUGACAUUGAUGUGUGACAGUUGGACAGGACCAACAAGAAUGAGUAUCAUCAACUUUCUUGUUUAUUGCAAUAGAAGAGUGGUGUUUCAUAAGUCCGUUAAUGUUUCUGAAAAGAUCCAAGAUGCAAACUACAUUGAGAGCUUGAUGGACACUAUGGUAGAGGAGAUUGGACCACAGUAUGUUGUCCAAAUAAUAACCGACAAUGGAGCGAAUUUCAAAAAAGCCGGUUUGCAAUUGAUGGAAAAAAGAAAAACUUUGUUUUGGACUCCAUGUGCAGCUCAUUGCAUAGAUCUAAUGCUAAAGGAUAUUGGUGAGUUGGAUACGGUCAAGAAAUGUGUAGCUCGAGCACAAUCAAUUACAAAGUUUAUAUAUAAUCAUCAUUGGGUCCACGCAUUAAUGCAAAAGUAUGUAAAUGGUGAGAUACUUCGACCUGGAAUUACUCGGUUUGCUACAAAUUUUAUUGCAUUAAAAUCAUUACAGCAAAAAAGACAUGGCUUGAAGGCAAUGGCUAGCUCACAAGAGUGGUCUGAAUCCAGAUAUUCGAAAUUGAGUAAUGGAAAGAAGAUAGAAAAGGCCAUUCUUUCAUCUAGAUUUUGGGAGACUAUAGCAGAAAUCAUAAAAGGUGUGGAACCACUUUAUAUUGUCCUCCGUAAGGUUGAUAUGGACAAGCGUCUACAAAUGCCGUAUCUUAAAUAUAUGCUGAUUUCAGCAAGAGAGGAGGUCAGGAAAGCAUUCAAAGAUGAUUUUAAGGCCGACCAAUACGUACGAAUCAUUGAUCGUCGGACCGAAGUUCAUAUGGAUCAAGAUAUCCAUAAUGCAGCGUAUUAUCUAAACCCGGCAAUUCAAUAUCGAUAUGCUCUCGGAACGCAAAAUAAUUUCCUAACGACACUACGAAAUGUUAUAUAUCGACUCUUGCCAAACACUACCGAGGCAGCCGAUGCUCUUAUGGAGGGUCGAUUAUUUCGAGAAACAGUUGGUUCAUUCUCCGACGUUGUAGCUAUAUCAUGCCGUUACACUAUGGAUCCUGUCGAGUGGUGGUUACAAUUUGGAGGCGAUGCACCACAUUUAAGGAAGGUUGCCGUUCGUGUACUUUCACAGACAACAACAUCUAGUGGUUGCGAACGUAAUUGGUCAACGUUUGCGUUGAUUCAUACGAAAGUCCGCAACAGACUCUCCUACAGACGGUUAGAGAAACUAGUAUAUGUCCAUUAUAAUAUGCGGCUAAAAUUGCGAUGUGCUGAGUUGGAUAAGGAGCCAGAGGAACCAGAUAUUUAUCCCAUUGACCUCCAAUUCUACAACGAAGAUUCAGAGCCAAUGUUAGAUUGGGUUGAAGCAGCAGAGAACCAAGAGGAUCCUCUACUUGAUGAGGCGGGAGAUCCUCAGCGUCCUUCACGUUUUAUCACCGAGGCAAUAGAAGAAGAAGAAGCACAACCCCAACGGGUAGAAAAUCCCCCUCGAUUACAACAUGGUAUGAGUCAAACUGCUCGAGGAACUACCGAUACCCAACGGUCACACUCGUCCGCCCAACGUGCAAAGGCAAAGGGGAAGGCAAUAGCAUCAGUUGCAUCGUUGGAAAGAAUCGAGUCGGGCGACGAGACACCUUCACAAUCACAUUCUCUUUCUCGUUCGGUCCAGAGACAUGACAGCAACACGGACAGCAGUGCCUCAACAGAUGAUGGCGGUGAUACCGGGCAGUCGUUGGUCUCGUCUGCACAACUUGAGGGUGGUGAAUGGACUGAGGAGCAAUAUUUUACACAUGUCACUCAAGAUUCAGAUCAUGGAACUCGACAAGGUACUGGUCAAGUUUAUGCGCGGAAGGGAAAGGAGAAGGGGAAGGGGAAGGCAGUGGAUGAAUAUGAACAAAUGCGACAGAGCAUACAUGAUAUAGACACAGAAAGAGACUCAUCGUAUUCACAGCCAUCGUAUUAUGAAGAAUCAUAUGGGCAACAACAGUAUGGUGAUAGUUGGUCAUCCUUCUCUGAGCAACAACAUGAUACAGAACAACACCAAUAUAUGCCUCAAGAGCUGCCUCGGACAAAUAUGAUUUAUGACGAUCAAUCUACGAUCAGUACCACAUUGAUGCAUCAAUGGCAUACGGUGUAUCAAUACACUAUGUCAUGGGAUCAAUUUCAUGAUUGGGUCCAACAAACGUAUCAUAUUAAUAUGUAUCGGAUCGAGGACCCCGAUCCACCACCCGUGGAGGCUCGUCGUUCGUUUUGGUGGUAGAAUUAACAAUCAGGUAUAUCUAGAUAUAUGAUUAUUUAAUUCAUUUGAAUUUUAGAGUUUAUAUUGUAACAAAAUAGUCUAACAAUUCAACUGAUUUUUCUAUAGAUAUUUCAAUCUAUAACGAGCUGAAAUACGAACCUCGAACAAGACUACCUCAAAGCCCGAAAAAGAUAUGUGAUGCUAUUUUUAUCUAAUUUACAUUGAUUUUGCUAAACUUAUACUAUUACUAUAUUUAUUUGUAACUUGAAAACUCUAUCCUAACUUUUUUUUUAAUUUUCAGGUAUUUUCGGAGGGAUAAAUCGGUGAAAUUAAGUGUACCGAGCGGUACACCUCGGUAUACCGCUCGGUACGCCGUACCGUACCGUACCGAGCCGGCGUCGAAACGCCGGUACGGUACGGUUCGGCGAACCUUGUUCUGAACCAUGAA